CAGAUUCCAACAGACACGACACAAUUGCGGCAACCGACAUCGACCGUCCCCAUCCCCGAAAAUCUUCGACCCCGAGCUCCCAAAAUCGAAUCCCGGUCCGCUGGCAAUCAGUUGACGUCGAUCGCCGCUUUUCUCACGCUGCAAGAUCGAUCGGCCGUCCAUCAUUUGAGCCCCAGCCUUCGUCCAUGCUACCCUACUGAGCAAAGUCGACCUGUCGACCGCUCCCAUCGUCGCUAAAUUUGCGCUAUGUCCGACAAAGAUGAAAUACCUCCACCUUCACUCGCAGCGCCUCAGAUCCCCGCCGCUGACGGUCACGAGGAUUACGAUCAAGACGGCGGGCAAUUGCGCUACUUCGCCCGGUCGCCUCACCCGUAUCACCGACAAAAAUUCGAGCUGCUUCAUCCCUCCGACAAGCUCGCCCCACAGAGCUGCAGGAGCAGCACCAGUAGCUCCUCACCUUCGCGCAGUGCCCCUGGAUCCUCUCGGCUAAAUCCGCCCUCCGCCCUGAGUUCUCCCUUCGUCAAGGAGUCGACGCCGACGAGCGACAGCGGUACAGACGCCGACGAUGAGCACUUCCUCAAAGGACUGCCGGCACCACGGACGAGACAACACAAAGGGCUGCGUGGGCGAAACGAGCCGCUGUCUGGUGCAUCCACUCCAUUGCUCCCACCGGACCUGUUGGAGGAGGAAGGGCGCAAAGCUCCGCCAGGCCCGAGACAGGAUGUAUCUGUUCGCGACAGGCGUGUGAAAGCAGAGAAGACGAGGCGCAAAAAGGAGAUCAUCCGGCGGGCAGCGGAAGCUCUCAUCUUGUUCUCUUUGGGUGCCAUCCUUUACUCUAACCGCAAUGUUAAGCCUAUAGUGAACACAUGGAGAAAAGAAUUAACCAUACAGGGUCUACUCGCUGCCGUACUGGUUACCGUUUACCCUUUCCGAGUCGCGAUAUGGGCUUACACACAAGGCACUCCCUCAAGGCAGUUCCCGCUGGCUGUGCCGACCUCUUUCGACCCAGGGCCUCUUUUUUAUCCGCCGACGAUACCGAUAUACGUCGCGCUCCUUUUAUCACCUAACAACCAGGCAGUCAUUUUGCCAAAUCUCAUUCUGAGUCUAGCAUCGCUACCUAGAGCUCUAGUCCCCCUUGCGAGGAGCGGGGAGCUUUGCGAUCCUGCGCACUGGCUUUUGUCCACCGUUCCGCUGAUUGCCAGUGGACUGAGGGAUCAAGACUGGGAACUUGGACGGCUGGGGACUGUGCCAAUCACGGAGACGGCCGUCCUGUUGUAUCCACUGCACCAGAACCUUUGCGUGCUGCUCCAGCAGUUGACGACUACGAGUCUGCUUCCAGCUGAACUGCAGCUAUUGUCGAUACUUUUGGUCAACAUCUUACUGUUCUCGACCUCCCCACAAAUGGUCAUCUUGACGACCCUUAUCUGGGGCGGCGGACUGGCCCUCCUUGUGCUGUGCGGGCAUGUAAUCAGGUGGGGGAUCACUCUUGCGCGUGUUCCGAAGUGGCGCUUUAAGAGACCAUCUCAUGCCAGUGGACCCAACGCGAAGCAAGCGUCUACGUUGUUACGCCACUUGUUCAACCUUAUCACUGUUCGCGGCUUCAGAUAUGAGCUUUUUGGUGCAGAUUACAGCGAUGAUGAAUAUUGUGCCUUAUCAGAUGCAGGCAAUCACGAAGGCCGAUACUCGUCCGACAUGGUAGGAGGUGAUAUGAAUAUGGACGGGAGCCAUGAAGGUCCUUUCAGUCUGUUGAAGAGCUUUACUCUUUCUCCGGACCAAGAGGAUGACGGUAUGCGUUUGGAAUCGUCGGUUGGUCCCACAGAAGGUUUUUCAAUUCUAUCCACCAAUAGGCUCAAGCCCAGGCGCCAUACCUUACCAACACUUACAGGCCCGGGUCCUCGUUCCAAGACACAUACACCAUCGGGCCGUCGGAAGAGAUCGGCUUCGUCGAGCAUCCGCGCCUUCUUUUCACUCACAUACGCGCAGGCCACGGCAAGGAAAUGGGCAUACGCCAUCUGGAUGUACAUUUGUAUAGUCGGUAUCAUACUGGGCGGUGUUCGUGCAUACGUGAGCAAGUAUGCUCUUCAAGGGGAGGAGCCCGUCGGCUGGGCUCUGGGCUAUCUCUUUGGCGACCUGCCAUGGUUCAGGCUUCAGGUGGUUAAGGCAAACCUAGAACGAUGGAUCUGUCUACCACCUCGCUGGGAUGAAGAUGCCAUUGAGCAAUGCUCGUCGGCCUUUUGUCGGCAGGGUUGGGCUGAGCAUCUACGACAUGCUGUUCUUGGCGAGGCCAAUACCCGUCUGCUACUCAGUGCCUACUGGUUGGUGAUCAUUGUUGUCGGUUUAGGGGUGGUGUUCAAGUUGACGCCCAUCUAUGAGGUGGAUACGCGGCGCAAGGUCUUCCACUUCAUGAUGGUGGGGAUGCUGCUCCCCGCCACAUAUGUUGAUCCAUCAUAUGUCGCACUCGCUCUUGCCCUCGUUCUCGCCAUCUUUCUACUCCUUGAUCUCAUCCGUGCGAGCCAGCUUCCACCACUUUCGAAACCGAUCGCGUCGUUUUUGACCCCAUAUGUCGAUGGAAGAGACCUCAGAGGCCCGGUGGUCAUCUCCCACAUUUUUUUGCUGAUCGGCUGUUCUAUCCCUUUGUGGCUGUCGCUGGCAGCUCUAGGGAGUGAUGACGCUGCUGAUGACGAGCGCCACCAGAGUCCCCUUAUAGCAGGUUGGGAGUUGCCCACACGAGACGUCAGCAUGGUAUCUGGUGUGGUUUGUGUUGGGCUCGGCGAUGCUGCAGCAUCCCUAAUAGGGAGACGAUGGGGACACCGGAAAUGGGUCUGGGGUGGCGGCAAGUCCCUAGAGGGUAGUCUUGCCUUUGCGGUCGCCGUCUUCCUGGGUUUGGCUACUGCGGGCCUUUGGCUGCGCAUCGGUGGGUGGUCGAUCACUGGUGAGAGCCUCAGGGACGAGUGCACCCUUGGCAUCUGGCCAUGUUCGUGGCGGUGGCUGGUCCAGGACCAUCUACGUGGCUGGGUGAGGUCGCUACGGGGAGCGGCAGUCUGCGGCUCUAUGGCGAGCCUGACGGAGGCUGUGCUCACGGGUGGAAAUGAUAAUGUGAUUGUUCCGGUUGUUUUGUGGACUUGUGUCAAAAGUCUUGGGGUUUGAUCUGGGUGGACUAAAACAGCAUUUGGGGGGGCGUUUCCUCACAUUUCCAAAACAAAAGUCCUAGGGUACUCACCUUGUGAUUUUUUCAGUUCUGGCCGUUUUUAAUUGUGGCGAUUCUUUGUAGAUAUUCAGUACUUUCUUGGGACGAUUUGAAAUGCAUAUUACGCGGCAUGCAAUGGCGGUUUACUGGGAGCGUAAACCCGCACAAGUUUAUUGGAGACAGUCUCUGAUAACGUUUUUAUUUUUUAUCUUUUUUUAUUUCUAGAGUAUGUAUAUAGCUUGGG